AUGGAAAUAAAAGAUAAUUCUGAUUGGGAGUUUAAACUAUUUGAUUGUGCUAAGAAUCCUUUAAUGUGUGCUUGGGUAUUAUGUGUUCCUUGUGGCGGAGACUGUAUGCAAGCUGUGACUGCUAAAGUUUCUGAUCCUAGAAAUAGAAAUGCGGCUUGUGUAGCUUGCUUGUGCUCUUUUACUCUUUUUUGUUAUGGAGGUGUUUUUAAUCGUCAUAGACUAUCAAAGAAAUUAGGGUUAAAAGAUAAUAUUUUCUUUAAUAUUUUGACUGCUGCUUGCUGUGAAAGUUGUGGAAAUACACAAGAAUGAAUGGAAACAAUGAAAAGAGUUAAAGGAAAUCAUGAGCUCACAAUCGUUGAUUAUAUCCAAGGUAAAAUAUAA